UGUGGUCCCAGGGUCGAAGGGUCAAAGAGGUCCAGGUGCUGAACUCAGUGCAUGUGGAGAAGAAGACGACGACCCCGCAGAACGUGGUCAGACAGACCCGCAGGCUUGAGCCCGCUGCAGAGGUCUGCAUGCCUGAAUGCAUGGAGCCUGCUGCCGGCGGAAAGGGAGGGCACACGAGUCGGGCAGAGAUUCCUUCUGCAGUGCCCAGCGAGAUGGAAGGAGAGCGCAGCAACACGGCUGAGAAGCCAGCGCCUCUUCUCACUGAUGCACUGCCUACUCGUGAGAGCUGCACCUCCUUCAAAGCUUGCUCAGAUCCCUUCUCCAUGGCGUCCAAGUUGCAAUUGUGUCGAAAGGACUCCGAGUAUGACAAUGAACUGUACUUCGGCACGAGUGAGAAGGAGUUGGACACCAAAGCAUCGCCAGGGGAUGGGGCGUGUUCGCUUAACACCACCGAUCCGGUUGCUCGGUUUAAAGAGGGGAGAGGUGGUGACCACACUCCGUCGCCCAUGACGCACUUUCGCUUCGAGGAGGCCGAGCUCAGAGACGCCGCGAUGAGAGUCGCCGCCAAGAUCGAAGAGGUGGACGCCAUCAUUCAGAGGGUGAGUCUGACCAGCGCAGAGUGGACGCGAGACCACGGGCAGCUACACGCCAAUGCAGGCCUCUCACCUGCACGUGGCGGAUCUCCAUAUCUGGCCACAGGUGCGGGAGAUCCGAGGCCUCAGAGCACAGGUGCUUCAACGGAGGACCGCGAUGCCACAGUCACUAGCACCACCGCUACCUCGACCCCCUUUGAGGAGCUCCGUGUCCUCGGAGAGGAGCUGAACCGCAGCCUUCGUCGAGCCCUACAGCUGGAUGGAACGCUGGCAGAGAACUACGGAGACUGGGAAGGGACAUAUGUGUGUGGCAGCGGCGGCAUCAUCAACAGGCCCCUGUUAAUAGAGGGCAAAGAGGCGACGUGGGACCUCGAGUCGAACGAGGAGAAGUUUCCGGACCCCUUCCCGCACAGCAACCACCAGCAGCGGCCGCACCACGACCUCUGGAACGUGGCGAGUCCUCGUCACCCCGCGAGCCUUCAUCUCCGGAGGAGGAGGAGCGUCUCGUCACCGUCGCUGAUGUCUGUCGUCACAUCGUCACCUUUCCCUGCCAGCACCCCGGGCAGCCUGUCCCCACUGCUCUCCCCGUGUCUCUCACCUCGCCGGCCGUGCAGCCCCACCACACCGCCACACCUGACCCCACUGCAGGAGGAGGCGCGACAGAAGGGAGAAGGCCAGAGGACACACUCCUAUACAGGAGCAGUCACCUCCAGCCCAGUGGACGUAGCGGCCAACCGGGUGGCCCAUGGUCACUUCUUCCCCAGCAGCAGGCCUGCAGCCCUGGACUUGCAGAUGAGCGUCACCAACCAGAGAGGCCACCCAGGAUGGAACAGCCCGCCUCUGCCAACUGGGCACACUGCAGUUUGUGCUAUAGAGGAGGGCCUGUCCUCCAGUGAUAAGGAGGAUGAGUGGCACCUGGACCUUGACCUUGACAUCCCCCUGCUGGGCUGCAAGGCUCUGGCCAAGGCCUCCAGACUCAACCCCGCCGACUUCCUGUGGAUCACACCCCCCGAGCAUGACAUCAUCAGCGACGCCCCACUCUCCCCCGACUCCGUGUUUGUGUCUGAGGGCUCGUCCCCAGCUGAUAAUGAGGAGAGGACACCUCGUCGCCUGCAGGCCAUUUGGCCUCCUCCAAAACAGAAGGAUGAGGUGGUGGGCCUCAAGUACACGGAGGCAGAACACCAAGCAGCCCUUCUGCAGCUGAAGAGAGAGUGCAAAGAGGAGGUGGAAAAGUUGCAAUCGGACUUUGAUCGUCAGAGGUCUCGGCUGCGUGAGGAGAAUGAGGAGACGGUGUCUCGGCUGAAGGUAGCGCUGGGAAGUCUCCAGAGAGAGAGGGCCCGACCCGCGAACCUCCGAGACGCAUGCGUGUCCACCGAGGACGACGUCGGCCCAAGGAUGUUGCGGAGCGCCUGUGUCCAGACAGAGCCCGAGGAGCUGUACGAGGGCCGCAACGCCGGGCUGCAUUCCAAUCACAACGUCCCGAAAAAGCUUAACCUCGCGCCGCUAAACCUGGGCUUGGCAGGGAAAGCUGAACAACCUGCAGCAUCUGAACUUUCACCUCCUCUCCACCAAUCAGGCAGCUCGACUCGACUGCCUCCACCCGUGUCACCUGACAACAGCAUCUUGACCACACCGACCGUGCCUUCACUUCCUGCCUCUCUGACCACUAAGCUGUCCGGUUCCCAAACCCCCGCCGGAGCCCCCGUACCUCCUCCUCCUGCACCCCCACCUCCACCACCUGUACCUUCAUGUGGACUCCCACCACCCCCACCUCCUCCCCCACCCCCUCUGUCAGACGGAGGCCUCCUGCCUCCUCCCCCUCCGCCUCCCGCCGCUGGGUUCACACUGGCUCUGUCUCCGCUGGAUGCAACCCCACGCAAGCCGGCUCUGGAGCCCUCUUGUCCCAUGAGGCCCCUCUACUGGACCAGGAUCCAGAUCCACAACAACACCGAUGACACCCUGUGGAGCUCUCUGGAGGAGCCCAGCAUCGUUGACCCCUGUGAGUUCGAGGACCUGUUUGCCAAAUCCUCACUGCCGACCAAGAGGAAACCGCUGUCAGAGGCCUACGAGAAACGGAACAAGGCCCGAAAGAUUGUCAAGCUGCUGGACAGCAAGCGCUCCCAGGCGGUCGGCAUCUUCAUCUCCAGCCUGCACCUGGACAUGAAGGACAUCCGGCAAGCUGUUCUGACUCUGGACAACUCUGUGGUGGACCUGGAGGCCAUUGAGGCUUUGUAUGAGAAUAGAGCGCAGCCCGCGGAGCUGGAUCAGCUGAGGAAAUACUACGAGACGUCAGACGAGGAGAGCAUCAAGCUACUGGACAAACCGGAACAGUUCCUGUAUGAGCUGUCCCAGAUCCCCGACUUCUCCGUCCGAGCUCGCUGCCUCAUAUUUCAGUCUGUCUUUGCGGACAGUGUGGCCUCCAUCCGCCGUAAAGUGGAGAUCAUCUCUCGAGUCUGCACGGGCCUGCUGGAGCGGGAGAGCGUGCGGGAGGUGGUGGGCUUGGUGCUGGCGCUCGGCAACUACAUGAACGGAGGCAGCCGGGUGCGCGGCCAAGCAGACGGCUUCGCUCUCGACAUCCUGCCCAAGCUCAAGGACGUCAAGAGCAGGGACAACCGCAUCAGUUUGGUGGACUACAUUGUCUCCUAUUACCUCCGCAAUCUGGACCAGAACGCCGGCACGGACAAGAGUGUCUUCCCACUGCCCGAGCCUCAAGACAUCUUCCUGGCCGCCCAAGUCAAAUUCGAGGACCUGUCCAAAGACUUGCGCAAGCUUGGGAAAGAGCUCUCAGCUUGUGAAGAAGAUGUCCAGACAGUGUGUGCCAGUUCAUCUGAAGAGCAUAUUCAUCCAUUUAAGGAGAAAAUGGAGGGCUUUAUCUCCAAUGCACAUCAAGAGCAUGGUGCAACAGAGUAUCAGCUGGCAUGUGCACAUAAAAGCUUCCAUGACCUGGUGGUGUAUUUUGGGGUGAGGCCCAAGGCUGGGGAGCGGGAGGUGGUGCCAGGCCAGGUCCUCAUGCUCUGGUUCGAGUUCUGUGGAGACUUCAAGACGCGCUGGAAGCGGGAGAGCAAGAACAUCUCCAGGGAGAGGCUAAAAGAGGCCCAACAGUGUAUCAAAAACAUCACGGGAGAGAAGAAAGUCGAGACGAGGAAGCUUCACGCCAACGGCCUCAAAGAGAGGCUACGCCAGAAGGAGGCCAACAUGAGCACCAACUAGGAUAGAAGAGAAGAGAAGAGAAGAGAAGAGAAGAGAAGAGAA